AUGAAAAUCACAUUUUUACCAAAUAAAAAUUCUUACGGCCUGAAAACCUGCGCCAUAGAUAAUCCCGACGUUCAGCACAGUUUCGGAUAUGAUUCCCACCUCAAAUGCAUUGCACUCUGCUCCACCGUCAAUUCGUGUGUCGGAUGCAGUUAUCAGUUAGAUCAGAAACUUUGCUCGUUGUUUCUUGAUCGAACGAAACUGACAACCAAGUACGAGGUUUCAGAAAACUGCGUUCUUUACCAGUUGGUUAACAGAAUUAACGAACCAAGGCAUGAAUUAGGUGGAGUUUUGGACUUGUUCGUUACUUCUCGCUCUUUUCCUAUCGUUAAUAGUUUGAUUUUUCCCACUGGAGUGUUAUCAGAUCAUGGAUUAAUCCAGAGAGAGAAAACUAUUUUGAAAACAAAAUUUGACGAUGUGUCAGCUCAUUACGUCGGCUGUUACAUUGAUGAGGCAAGCAGGGAUCUCAUACAUCAAGAGCCGAAUGAUGUUAGUUUAACUGUUGAAAAAUGUUGGAAGAUCUGUGGCGACCUCAAAUACACCGUGUUCGCUUUACAGAAUUCAGACCAAUGUUUUUGUUCACAUUCGCAUGGAAAAUAUGGAAUGGAUUCCGGUUGCGUGGCUCGUUGCAAAGGAUCGGCUGAUGAAAUUUGUGGAGGAUACUGGAGGAACAGUCUUUACACAGUUUGUGAUAACGCGAUGUACGGGCAGAACUGCAACGUGAAAUGUCCGUGUGCUCCAACGUGCGUGUGCCAUCGUCUGACCGGUGACACUGUUUAG